UUCAAUUGCAGGCUAAUUGCGCUAUCGAUUACGCCUUAGUCACUAUCACUACGUAUCACUAUCAAAACGCGAGGAACUCGCAAAAAACGUGUUGAGUUGGACACUUUAUCGCCGUUUGGACAGGCGUUGUGCCAAGUGCAAAAGCGGGGAAGAUGAUGGUUCUCCGGACAAAUAAUCAACAUACGUCACCAUUCCGUCUGGGAUUGCUGAAGUCGUUAAAAGCGCCUUCGCCCGUCCGUUUUGGGGCAUAUUGAAUCCGUCAGGCGCCGCGAGCAUAUGGAGCCAUGGAUGCUUCUAAGCAGUCGAGUCCGAAACGAGAGCGUAAUCCGUUUAUCAAGGCCAAUAUAAUCUCCAAGUGGCUGUUCCUAUGGAUGCACAGUGUCUUCCGGAAGGGCAGGCGGGAGGAGUUGGACGCGAAUAAGCUGUACGAACACCUGCCCAGUUUCGAUAGUGAGUCCUUGACCAGAAACCUACAGCCCCACUGGGAGAAGGAGUCCAAGAAGAAAAAUCCCAGUCUUAUGCGGCUGAUCUUUAAGGUCUAUGGAUGGCAGUUUGUUCCCGUUUGCGCUCUGUAUUCUCUGCUGGAAAUGGCUAUUCAUUCCUUCCAGCCUUUGCUGCUCGGAGGAUUGAUCUCCUACUUCGCCUACGGCCAGACGACGGUGACCAAGGAGAGUGCCUAUCUGUACGCCAUGGGCAUUGUCCUGUGCUCGUUGGUCACCUCCCUGGUGUUUCACCCGUUUAUGUUCUAUGUAUUUGCGGUUGGAACGCGGGUCAGAUUGGCCUGUGCCGGCCUGGUCUACCGGCAAUGUCUGCGCGCCUCGGCGAGCAGUGGCGAAGGACUUGGAGGCCAGGCCAUUUCGGUGAUGUCCAUCGAUCUUUCGCAGUUCGACUUGACUUUCUACUUCUUUCACGACCUGUGGAAGGGUCCCGUGGAGGCCUGCAUCUUUGGAUACUUGAUGUUCCGCCAGGUGGGUUGGACAUCCCUGAUUGGAAUCGCCUUCAUUGUGAUAUUGAUACCCCUGCAAGCCUGGGCCGCCAAGGCUUCUUCUAGUUUCGGCACGCAAUCCGCCAAACAUCGGGAUGCACGUGUAAAGCUCAUGAACGAGAUCAUUGGUGCCAUCCAGGUGAUUAAGAUGUAUGCGUGGGAGAAGUCCUUUGGACGCCUGAUUGCCGCAGUAAGGCAAUCGGAAGUGAAGGCCUUACGAGGAUCCAUGAGCAUCUACGCCGCCCUGCAGUGCACCAAUAUGAUCUCCAAGAUAUCGCUCUUCCUGAGUCUAGUGGCCUACGUGUAUGUGGGUGACCUUGUGACGGCCAAGAAGGUGUUCAUUCUGUCGUCCUACUACGGCUUACUCAAUGAUUCCCUACUGCACUACUGGCCCAUGGCCAUCACCACUUGGGCUCAGACUCUGGUCAGUGCGCGUCGAGUAGUGGAGUUCCUGCUGCAAGUGGAGAAGCCGGCGGAGGAGUCCUGCUGCCGAGACAAUCCUGGACUGGAAUUGGAUACAGAGAAACCGAAACCAGCACAGAGUGGCCGCCUCCACUGCGUAAAAAGUGAAACGAAGUGCUUAAGUUUCCGAAAAGUCAGUGCAAGUUGGGACAAGCCGAGCAUAAAGCAACCUAGGAAGCCACAUAUUGAGGGUAUCUCCUUUCACAUCAACGCCGGUCAGUUUGUAGGCAUUGUGGGUAACGUGGGCUCCGGAAAGAGCACCCUUCUCCAUGCCAUUCUCGGUGAGAUCGAGCUCAUGCAGGGACGAGUGGAGGUUCAUGGCAGGAUUAGCUAUGCCGCCCAGCAACCAUGGGUAUUUCAGGGUAGCAUCAGGGAGAACAUCCUGUUUGUGGAGCAGUACGAGGAGAAGCGAUACCGAGCCGUGGUUCAUGCGUGCCAGUUGGACAGGGAUUUGGAACUACUGCCACGAGGUGAUGCCACCGUUGUGGGUGAGCGAGGAAUCAGUCUGAGUGGUGGCCAAAAAGCCAGGAUUGCUCUAGCCAGAGCAGUGUACCGCCAGGCGGAUAUCUACCUAUUCGACGAUCCUCUGGCCGCCGUUGAUGCCCAGGUGGGUAAGCUGCUGAUGGACAAGUGCUUCCACCGACUGCUGGAUGGCAAAAUGCGCAUUCUAGUCACUCAUCAUGUCCAGUUGCUCAAGAGUGUGGAUCAGCUGCUGCUGUUGGAGGGAGGAAAGCUCACCCAGCAGGGUAGCUAUGAGGAACUGAAGGACGUUAUCACUCACCAUGCUGCUCUGGAUCUGGAGGCCAUCGAGGUGGAUAAGCAGCAAGUCAAGCGUGUGCUCAGCCAGGUGGACAGGACGUCAAAGCAGCUAAGCAAGGGAGAAGAAGAGGAUCCUGCCACCGUCCAGGAUGAGAAUGGCAAUGCCGAACAGCAACUUCAGGGUGCCGUGAGCUACGAUACCUAUAAGGCUUACUUUCGGGCUCUUGGCGCUCCAUUCCUGGUCUGUGUGGUGCUCUCCAUGUUUGUCCUGGCCCGAGGAUGCCAGGCCCUCAUGGACAUCUUUAUCUCACGUUGGGCCACUUGGGAGGAGGAUCGAGGGUAUGAUUCGGUGGAUGACUAUGAAGCCACGCGCACCAAGAUGGUUAUCUGGUAUACGGUGCUCCUGUUGCUCACUUUGGCCUUAUUCCUGCUGCGCACCUUCGGAUUCUUCUUUAUGUGCCUGCGAAUCUCACUGACAUUGCACGAUCAGCUCUACCAUGGGAUAAUCCGCGCCUGGAUGUACUUCUUCAAUGCCAAUCCAUCUGGGAGAGUGCUCAAUCGAUUCUCCAGCGACAUUCAGAAUGUGGAUGUGAAUUUGCCACAGGCUAUGAUGGAUUCCCUUCAAUUCCUGGUAGAUGUGGUGGCUGUGCUGGUGAUCGUGGCCAUUGCCAACUAUUGGCUGCUCAUCCCAGCGGCCAUUAUGGUUAUACUAUUGUAUUUCUGCCGUGCCCUCUAUAUAGGCGCCAGUCGAAGUCUGAAGAGGAUUGAGAGCUUGACACGCAGUCCCAUCUACUCGCAUACAAACCAAACCUUCCAUGGACACUCGACCAUUAGGUCCAUGGACGCCAUGCCGCAGCUGGAGCAGACUUUCCAUGGCCACCAGAACACCAACUCAUCUGCCCUUUUUCUCUAUGUAAGCGCCAACAGGGCGUUUUCCUUCUGGACCGAUCUGAUCUGCGUGGUCUAUAUCCUGGCGGUGACCUUUAGCUUUCUGGUUAUCAAUCAGAGCUUCUACAGCGGCGACGUGGGUCUGGCCAUCACCCAGUCCAUGACCUUGGUCAUUAUGUGUCAGUGGGGCAUGCGCCAGACUGCCGAGAUGGAGAACAAUAUGACUAGCGUGGAACGAGUGCUAGAGUACGCCCAGACGCCUUCGGAGCCACCACUUGAGAGUCCAAAGAGUGUGAAUCUUUCAGCUGAAUGGCCGCAGGCUGGUCACCUUCGGUUCCAGGAUCUACGCAUGAGAUAUUCCCCGGGAGAUGAAGAUAUCCUUAGGGGACUGAACUUUGAGUCCCACCCCAUGGAAAAGAUUGGCAUUGUGGGACGUACUGGAGCGGGAAAAUCCUCUAUAAUUCAAGCUCUAUUCCGAUUGGCUCUUAAUGAGGGAACCAUCGAGAUCGAUGGAUUGGACAUUGGUAAACUGGGUCUCCACGACCUGCGAAGUAGAAUCUCGAUAAUCCCACAAGAUCCGGUUCUGUUCUCUGGAACACUGCGCUUCAAUCUGGAUCCAUUUGAUGAAAAAAGCGACGAGUCCUUGUGGAGCGCAUUGGAAGACGUCAAACUGAAGAAGCAUGUGGCCUCAUUGGAAGGAGGUCUCUCCUGUCGCAUGCAGGACGGUGGCUCCAACUUUAGCAUGGGUCAGAGGCAGCUGGUCUGCUUGGCCAGAGCUAUUCUCCGACAGAAUCGAGUUCUGGUUAUGGAUGAAGCAACUGCAAAUGUGGAUACAGAAACUGAUACCCUGAUCCAAGAAACCAUCCAGACCAAGUUUGCUGAGUGCACGGUUCUAACGAUCGCACACAGAUUGCAUACUGUGAUGGACAAUGACAGUGUACUGGUAAUGGAUGCUGGUCAGAUUGUGGAGUUCGGAGCACCUCAUAAGCUCCUACAGCGCAAGGAUGGAGCCCUUCUUAAGCUCGUCAAUCAGAACGAUGCGGCCACUGUGAUGUUCCUCAAGAAGAUAGCAUCAGAGAGUUACAUGCGCCGCAACAGAAGGGACUCCUUGACCAUUUCCGAAGAAUGAGCAGGGAUCGCCAGCGGAGGCGGGAUUUAACUUAAGCAUCGGCUUUCAGAAAUUGUACUGCCGCGGAGAACAGUCAAAUUCGGUUUUAUUGGUACGAAAAGUGUACGGUAAAGUGUAUUUACAUAGCAGUAGAAUUACGCUAGUACUAAUGAUAGUUCGGCACUUAAAACGAGGAGACUCUGACACACGCGCGCACACACAAGAUUAUAACAUAGAUGUAUAUAUAAAUAUAUAUAUAUGUAUGUAGGUAAUAUAUCAAAACUGUAAACUUGAUGGAUAGCCUAGGAUGAUAAUAAACAUUCCAUUUAAAAUAA